AUGGGAGGCAACCAAUCAUGGUUCCCAGAGUUCAUCUUGGUGGGAUUCCAGAUCAGUGAGGAAACAGAAGUGCUCCUUUUCUACAUCUUCUCCCUGCUUUACUUGUCUAACCUGCUGGCAAAUGGCAUGAUCUUGGCACUUAUUUGGUUAGACCCCAACUUACACACCCCUAUGUAUUUCUUCCUUUCUCACCUGGCCAUCAUCGACAUAGCCUAUGCUUCCAGUAACUUGCCCAAAUUUCUGCAAAACUUAGUGAUGCAUAAAAAAACAAUCCCCUAUGUCUCGUGUGCUAUGGAAAUGAUCUUGUAUUUGGCUCUCGCUUCUACGGAAUGCAUGAUCUUGUUGGCGAUGUCUUACGACAGGUACGUGGCCAUCUGCCACCCCCUCCAGUACACUCUCAUCAUGAGUUGGAGAAAGUGCACGGUCCUGGCCAUCAUUUCUUGGUUAUGUGGUUUUUCAGUGGCCCUAGGAAAUCUACUUUUCUUUCUGAGAUUUCAGUUCUGUGGGUCUCUGCAUGUGAACCACUUCUAUUGUGAAAUCCUAGCUGUCCUGAAGUUGGUCUGUGGUGACACGUGGAUGAACAAAACGUAUGUGCUUACUGGUGGUGUGUUCAUCUUAAUUGGACCUCUUUUCCUGAUGCUGGUUUCUUAUAUGCACAUCCUCUGGGCCAUCCUGAAGAUCCAGUCGAAAGAGGGUCGCAAAAAGGCCUUCUAUACUUGUUCUUCCCAUCUCUGCGUGGUUGGGUUCUACUUUGGCAUAGCCAUGAUGUUCUACUUGGUUCCAGACAGUGGACAGCAAGAUGAGCAAAAGAAGAUCCUUUCCCUGUUUUAUGACCUCUUUAAUCCAUUGCUGAAUCCUCUUGUUUACAGCCUAAGGAAUGCUCAGGUGAAGGCUGCCUUCAAGAAAGUCAUACAGAGGCAGAGAACAAUAUAA